AUGGCGGCCGUGCAGCGCCGCCAACCCCUCCUCCCGCCCGCCUCGCAUCAGCUGCGCCGCGGCGACACCGCGUGUUCCGGCACCGCGCCGCCGCCCGUCUGCCGCUACUGGAAGUCCGGCCACUGCGGCCGGAACCCCUGCCGGUUCCUCCACGCCGAUCCGGCGGAGGCGCCGCCGGCCGUCGUCGUCGUCGCCAAGAAGCGCAGCAACACCUGGGUCAACACUUCCUCCAAAAUCGCCAAGCCCAGCGCCACAACCGAUGAAGGAGAGGCCGCGGUUCCUCCGGUGUCGCCGCCGCCGCCGACCAAACCCAGCCCCGCAACCAAUGCCCGCGAGGCCGCGGUCCCUCAGGCGGCUUCUGAUCGCGUCCAGGAACCACCGGUCGGCGGCGCAUGGUGCGUCGGCGACGGCAUCCGCGGCGUCGCCCGGCUCGAGGGCCACUCCAAGGCGGUCACCGGCGUCGCCGUGCCCGAAGGGUCCGGCAAGCUCUUCUCCGGCAACCUGGACGGCACGGUGCGCGCCUGGGACUGCGCUACCGGGCAGUGCGUCCGCGUCGCGCCGGUGCAGGAAGGGGAGGUGGGCCGCCUGAUCGCCAUGGGCCCGUGGGUGCUCGUCGGCGUCCGCGGCGUCGUCAGGGCGCUCCACGCGGGGAGCGGCAAUGAGCUGCGGCUGCGGCUGCCCGCCGACGGCGCGCAGGUGACCGCACUCCUGGCAGAGGACGACGAGCGCCUCUUCGCCGGCGCGGAGGACGGCGCCAUCUACAUGUGGAGGCUGGACCGAGACCACCAGCGCUUCGACGAGGUCGCCGCGCUCGCGGGCCACGGCGGGCACGCCGUCGCGUCGCUGGCCCAGGGGAAGGGCGCGCUCUACUCUGGUGCGUCGGACGGCGGCAUCAGGGUCUGGGACCUCGAGACGCGCCGGUGCGUCUGCAGAUUCGCCGGCCACGCGUCCAUGGUCACCGCGCUGCUGUGCUGGGACCGGUUCCUGCUCUCCUCGUCCGUCGACGGCACCGUCAAGGCCUGGAGGUCCAAGCCGGACCGUGACGACGUCGAGCCGGAGCUGGAGGUGCACUACACCCACAGGGAAGAGGGCGAGCGGGUGGUCGCCAUGGACGGGACGCACGACGCCGACAAGAAGCCCGUCCUGCUGGUCUCGCGCGGCGACGGCAUCGUUCGUGUCUACGACCUCCCGUCGUUCAAACCCAGAGGCCAGAUUCACUGCAACGGCGAGGUCACGGCAAUGUCGCUCAGGACCCCCGGCAUGGUCUUCACCGGAGACGCGUCCGGCGAGGUCAGAGUGGUGAAGUGGACGCCGGCAGCUGCAGCCUGAAUUAUUCAUUAGGUGCACCACUGGCCUCUGCAAACCGACCCCGUCGACCACAGGCAGCUUCGAUUGUAGGCCAGUGAGCAAUCAGUAGGAUACCAGUUCAAUGUGAAGAUACCAGUGGCAAUGCUUAGUACUCCAUUAUACAGUAUGGAUCAGAGAUAUUCAGAAUCUGAAGAACUGCAAUCACUUCAUUCUUACUGUACUUGUCACAAAACCAUGUCUCAGAUGUUAACAGGAGAACAAAAUGCGAAGGUUUUUCAGGAUUUUUA